AUGCGGUGGUCUCUCGCCGCGCUGGCAGCUCCUCUGCUGCACUCGACCCUCUCCGCUGCCUCCAGUCUGACUCCCCCGGUUCUCCCGUUGAUCGUGAGGAAUCCGUACCUCAGCACCUGGCUGGGCAAUGCUCGUGAAGUUCCAUGGUCCAAAUGGCCCAUCUUCUAUACCGGUGAAGAGCUGGGUUUCUCCUUGCUGGCCCAAGUGCCCAGCACCGGCACGGUAUACCCAUUGCUGGGGAGGCCACAGGAUUCCUUGGAGAAGGACGGUAACGCUGGCUACAAGAUCUCCUAUCCCGUCUAUCAGGGUGCCAACUAUGACGCCUCGACCACCAACUUGACGUAUGUGAUCCCUGGGUCCGAUGCCGCCGAACCCUUGGAGAUCGUCGUGUCCUUCCUCUCGCCGAUUACGCCCACCUCCACCCUGCGGCAGUCCAUUCCGGCCUCCUACCUGACUGUGUCCGUCACUGGGACCGUGGACGUAAACGUCUACAUCGACCUGAACGGGCAGUGGGUGAGCGGUGAUCGCGGAAGUCCGAUUUUCUGGAGCCUGGACAAUGUCGUUCUGGAAGAUGAAAACCGCGCUCUGAAGAAAUGGCAGGUCACCCGCCAGACGGAACUGCUGCUGUCUGAGAUCGCAGACCGGGCCGAAUGGGGUACUCUGCACUUCAUUGGGCCUGAGGAUGCUCGACACGAGGCUGGAACUUCGGCGCUGCUGCGCCAGCGCUUCGCCAGGACCGGAACCCUCCAGAAUCAUGUCGACCGCAAGUUCCGCGCCAUCAUGGACUCAGAACCAGUCUUCGCCUUUUCGAAGCAUUUCGCCCUGAGCGGCAAUUGGACCGCCAACACUGAGAGCGUCCUCUUCACCAUCGCUCACAUUCAGGAUCCAGUCACCCAGUUUGCCUCCGCACGAGGACUGACCCUAAUGCGACCUCUCUGGAAGUCGUGGUUCCGCACUGAGAAUGAGCUGCUCACGUUCCACUAUGCGGACUUUGCCAACGCCAAUGCCCUGGCCUCCAACUACUCGCAGCAAUUGGCCAUCGAUGCGUACGAAUCGGGGGCCGAUGACUACGUGGAUAUCGUUGCUCUUUCGGCCCGCCAGGUGCUAGGCGCUACUAGCUUCUCCGGAACCGCCGAAAAUCCCAUCCUCUUUUUGAAGGAGAUCUCCUCCAAUGGGAACUUCCAGACCAUCGAUGUCAUCUUCCCGGCGUUCCCCUUCUUCAUGUACACAAGCCCUCGCUGGCUGGCCUAUCUCCUGGAACCCCUGAUUGAGCACAUGUUGAGUGGACAGUAUCCCAACACGUACGCCAUGCAUGACCUCGGCACGCACUUCCCGAACGCGACGGGCCAUCCGGACGGGAAUGAUGAGUACAUGCCUGUGGAGGAGUGUGGAAAUAUCCUGAUCAUGGGCCUUGCUCUGGUGAAUUCUCUCCGCUACUCUGACAGCCAGCAGUCUAUCUCCCUUUGGGCUGCCGAGGGCCAGCCCGGCCCGACGCCAGAGGCGGAUGGGCCCCUCUUCCCUCUGGACGAUCUUCAGGUCGUUGCCGGCAUCGAUAAACAGGACGGU